ACGUCACAGACUCCCGCUAAGUGAAUGUAACUUUCUUGUCGCAGCAACUGUGCGCCCAAGUCUGCAGUUUUCUGCGCAUUUUACGUCAGCUUCUACCCAGUUUCGGUUGUCAUCGGUAGCAGAACAUCUUCAGAUACACGUUCAUGUAAAAAUUAUGGACCCAAGGCCAGUGCGGCGACUCCGGCUGUCCUAAUGAAUCCACCGUUGCCUGCUCAAUGAUUCAUGGUGCCUGCGUGAGUAGCAUACGUAAUGCGGUACUUCCCAGCAUCUCCCCGCCAGCUUCCGGUGUGAUCAUAUUUAAGGAUCGUGUUGGCUGUUAUGCUUUGCAGACAGGAGAGGCGGCUGUUAACGUAGGGUUUACAGGUGUGUGGAAGCUACAGGUGACGGAAAAUCGGCGUCCAUCAUGUAUUCGUCAUCCCUCGCCCAAAUCUGGAUCCUGCUUAUCCUUCUGCACGUCUCCUGCUGUAACAGCGAUGAUCGGCCUCUGGUGCACACCAAGUACGGACCCAUACUCGGCAAGCGGGUCCGCAUGCACCAGUAUAAUCCCAACCUACAAGAUGUCAUGCAGUUUCUCGGGAUACCCUAUGCGCGUGCACCCGUCAAAGAUCUUCGCUUCAGACCGCCAGAAAAACCAGAGAAAUGGAAAAUUGUACGGAACUGUACGCACUUUGCACCCGUAUGCCCACAGCCACUAGAUCUGCCAGAGUCUCAGCCCGUACGGCCGUCUAUGAAAAGGAAAUGGAAGGCCAUGAAGCCGUUAUUGGGGAGUAUGGAUGAAGACUGCUUGUACCUGAAUGUAUACCACCCAGCAGAUGUAGAUCCAGAAAAUAUUGACAAGAAAGAAAGAUACCCGUUGGCUGUAAUGGUUUUCGUCCAUGGAGGAGAUUUUGUGCACGGAGCUGGGAGCAUGUAUGACGGGAGCGUCCUCGCCAGUCACGGCACGGUAGUGGUGGUCACAGUCAACUACAGGAUGGGCAUCCUAGGGUACCUGAGUACCACGGACAACAGUGCCGUGGGGAACUACGCACUCAUGGACCAAAUUGCGGCGCUACGGUGGGUUAAUGACAACAUAGCUAAUUUCAAGGGUGACCCUACACGCGUUACACUAUUUGGCCCUGAGACAGGAGCGGUUAACAUCAAUCUUCUGACCCUCGCACCUGAAGCAGCCGGUCUAUUCCGAAGGGCGAUUCUUCAGGGUGGGUCGGCCAUAGCUUCCUGGUCACUGUCUCCUGACCCGAGGCGCUUUUCUAACCUCCUGGCAGAGAACGUGUCCUGUUGCAGGCCCAACACAACCCUGGGAGUUGAAUGUUUACGCACGAUACCAUGGAGAGAUCUCCUCGCCGUAGAGAUAAGUUCUCCGAAUCCUUUCAAAUCUACGUUUGGACCGAUCAUAGAUGGGGACGUCGUCCCAGACAAUCCCAAAACACUGAUGCGCGGGGAGCUGUUCCGCAGCUACGACAUUCUUGUGGGCGUGACAGAACAAGACGGGUACAAGUAUGUCGAAGAUUUCCCCGGAGUAGACGAAGGUAUUGAUGAUGAAGGAUUUCGGUUGAUCAUCGGUGACUUCGUCAACCAAGUUUACCCCUACAGAGAAAAUGAGAUCCAGGAUGCUGUGGCGUUUAUGUACACGAACUGGGGAGAGGAGAACAAUAGAACAAGAAGGGACGGAGUGGUCAGGAUGUUCACGGAACACCAGGUGGCCGUGCCGCUUAUUAUACUGGGUAACUUACAUUCUAAUGAAAACUAUGAGACAAGCACGUAUUUCUACACCUUCAACCACAGACCGAGCUCCAGCCCGAACCCGCCGUGGGUAGAGGCGGCGCAUAGUGAGGACAUGCCCUUUGUGUUUGGUGCUCCACUGGUGGGAUUGCGGAUUUACAGAGAUUCCAACUACACAAAGUCUGAGAUUAUGCUUAGUGCCGCCAUCAUGACAUACUGGACAAACUUCGCUAAAAGCGGGGAUCCAAACUCGCCUAUUGUGCAGAAGACGAGAUUUGUGCAUGAGAGACCCAAUCGAUAUGAAGAGGUGGAGUGGCUGUCCUACCGAGCUGACAAUGACAGUGACUUUUACAUGUACUUUGGUAUGAAACCUCGGGUGCCAAAAGGGUAUCGGUCACAAAGAGUCGCCUUUUGGGUGGAACUUGUCCCCAAACUAUUGCGGCCGAAGCAGGUCAGGAAUUCUGAGUCUGCUUUGGUGAAAGACGCAAAUGAACUUUGUGAACUUUUGGAAACGGGCCACAAUACUGGUGGAGACGGGGAUGGUGCAGGAAAGAAGCCAUCUUCAUGGAUUCCAAUGAAAUCACAUUCGGACACAGUUAGAACAACGUGCAUGCCAUUCAUCGCCAUUCCAACAAGGGAUCCAAGCGCGAAGGACAUCUCAUGGCCCGGCAAGGACAUCACAUGGGUACGGAAGAAACCUGGCAAUUCUUCGGAACUCAGUAUAGUCAUAGCUGUGGGGACAUCGCUAUUCUUUCUGAAUGUUGUUGUUUUUGCCGUCUGCUAUCAUAGAAGAAACAACAAACCCAUCAGGUAUUCUGAAGAAAAUGCUCAGGAAAGAGUGAGGUUAAAAGUCACGGACGUCCGGGAAGUCAUCAAGGCUCUGGAGCUGGAAGACUGCACCAUCGGCCCGAACGGAGAAUGCCAAUUGGAAACGACCGAACUGGCAGAGUGUUCCAGUAAAGUUAUAUAAAAACUUAUCAAAGGAAAAGAAACUCGACCAAGCACAUUCAAUGAGAAAUAUUCUUCAGCCUGAAGUUUGUACGGUUCUGUUGAUCACAAUGUAGUGUCUCAGAUGAAACAAGCAAUGUUUUCCUUGGUGCCAUUAUUGUCUUCAUUUCAGACCAUCAAACAGUAUCAAUCAGAUACAAAUAUAUCUGAUCGUUGCCAUGAUGGAAUAAGAUCUCUGUUUUUGGUAUUCAAACUUCUUUUGGCUAUGGUGAUAAAGAUAAAUGCAUACAUUCUAACCACUGAGUGUCCACAUGUGCUGCACCGGAUCAAGCAGCAAGUGAUUCGAAUUGAUAAGUCUGAUAGCAACAGUAUAUCCUAUUAGAACUAUUUAUGGACUGUCAUGCAUUCAGUCGUUAGUCUCUGUCAAUUAUACUAGAAACUUUACCCCAGUCUCUGUAUGUGUGUUCGUUAUUCCAAGUAUUAUGAUGAAUAAUAAGUCUUCUUUGUAACGGUGAUAGUAUUCUUUUUAUGAAAAGUGACGCGUGAGGGGCUAUAUCAAGUUACUUUUUCAUCGAUGCACAGCCGAUUCUGUCUUACCUGGAACUGAAUGUCCAUAUCUUCAUGUAUGUAUAUAUAGCUGCCAUUAUAUGGUAAAAGUUUGAAUAUGAUCGCGAAAGCUAGGUAUGUUUCCUAUAGUUGUUAAAGUUACUUGACAUGUCGUGUACAUGUGUAUUUCGAAACUCAUCAUUGUAGAGUGAAUGGCAAUGAGAAACUUGCUUUCAUCAGACGUUGGUAAAUCGUCCCAUAUCGUUCUCGCAUAUGAUAAAUGAUAUUAUUUACGUCCAGACAUCCUUUACACAUUUCUGAGCCUACAAGACGUUGUCCAUUCUAUAUUCACUACUGCUGAAAAGGCUAAUACAACACAACAAGCGACAAUAAAGACAUGUAAAACAA